GCACGAAGGACCCAAACAAACUGAUGUCUGUUGCUGAACGGCUAACAUUACAUGCUAUGCUACAGCAGAGCCCAGGCUGGUAACGUUACCUUGGAGGAGGCUCAUACCGGAGCGAAAACAGCUGAGUCUUUUCCAGCACUGGAGUAUUCUCGGGGAUGCCGAAGAAGUUCCAGGGUGAGAACUCCAAGUCGGCCACUGCGCGGGCCCGAAAAGCAGAGGCCAAGGCCGUUGCAGAUGCGCGCAAGCAGAAGGAGCUUGAGGAUGCACUAUGGGAAGAUAAUGACAAACAUGUGAUGAGGAAAGAACAGCGUAAGGAGGACAAGGAGAAGAAACGCCUGGAGGCCCUGGAGAGGAAGAAGGAGAACCAGAGGCUUCUGGACGAGGAGGAUGCCAGGGUGAAGGGCAAGGCCAGGGAGGCGGCUGCAGCGGCCGCAGCCGCAGCAGCGACCAAGGUGACCCGAGCUCAGAUCGAGGAGACGCUGCGCAAGGAGCAAGAGCCGAAGCCAGCAGAGGUCAAGGAGAAAGAGAAGAGUCACCUUGAGACACCCUUGGAGGAGAAUAUAAACCGGAUCAUCCCGGAAGAGGGGUCCGUUGAGGCCAGAACCAUCGAGGAUGCUAUCGCAGUGCUCAGCACGAAGGAAGAGUCAGACAGGCACCCUGAGCGGAGGAUGAAGGCUGCUUUCGCUGCCUAUGAAGAGGUGAACAUGCCACGCUUGAAGAAAGAGAAUCCCAACAUGCGUCUGUCGCAGCUCAAACAGCUGCUCAAGAAAGAGUGGACCAAGUCCCCCGAGAACCCUCUAAACCAGCGCUUCACUUCUUACAACACCAAGUGAACAGGCAACCGAUCGGCCCACCAAUCAGGAAACGGUGGCAACAAUGAUGACUUAACAAGAACUGUUUAACAACUAUGCACACAACACCCCAAAAUGAAAUCAUCCCAAUUGACUGUAUUAUUAAAUUCCCAUAGAUUUCUAAAACCGGUUGCAUGUUCACUGACGGUUCAUCUCAAUAUAAGUAAACUGAUCACACACAUCUCUGCCGCAUCUACCCAAUAAUAAUUAGGUUAGCAAGUGCCAUUUAAACACAUACUCUCUCUCUCUCUGUCUAUCCCUCUCUCUCUUUCUCUCCCAGCAUUGGCAUAUAUUCUGUAUAUUUAUAUAUAAUAGAUGCCAAAAUUACAUUUGACUUAUUAAGGUCCUAUUGCAGUCCAAUGGCGCUACAGAGAAACAUGACAGAGAGAAAGGGAGUGAAGUAUAGUUGAAGAAGUUCAUACAUUCUUACAUAACACACAGACUAUAUUCUGUAUAUCUUGGAUCUCUUCACCAAACCCUCCAUUUGGCCUAUUGAGAAAACACUGACUGUGGAUCAUCACUUAUCUCCAUAUCACUUGUUCUACUUCACACAAGGCUACGGAUGUGCUGCUGCCUAACAACCACGAUCCUGGAAGAAGCCCAUCAUGGUUAUGAAACCCCCCCCAACACACACACACACACACACACGCCGCAAGCGAUAGGAGGUCUUUUCUCCGCAGGUCCUUUUGCACAUGAUGUGGGACUCCCCACUUUGCCCAUAACAUCCACCCUGCAGUAUUUGUCAGUCAUUGGGGACUCGUCAAUAUUGCAGAGGUUUGUGUAACACUUGCGUUGCAUUUGUCCACUUGGGACACACGAAAAAAGAAAGAAAGGGGAACUAGACAUGAAAGGAAAUUGGUGACCUUUUUCCAUCUCGUUGGGUUGAUAUGGGGGAGAGUUUCCAUUCAGCGAGCUUUACAAGCCUGCGGUCGGCAGGUCUGCCAUAUGCUGGCGUUAGUCGUGCGCACCACCUGGCGAGAUCCAUUUGUCGGGGCAUCUGGAGAGCGGCGCUACUGCCAACACUCUGCACAAGCUCCCCCUCAUCCGCCAUGUGCAUCACUCGCUUUAGGUGCUCUUCUCUCGCCUCAGCCAAUCCGCAAACAGAAAUAAUAAAAAGCAGCAACUGUACUGAGAAGAUGGUGAAAUUAGUGAUAAAGGUAAAACCCAAGCGCUUAUUAUGUACAGGAUUUUUAUUAUUAUUAUUAUUAUUAUUAUUAUUAUUAUUAUAAUUAUUAUAAUAUUAUUUUAAAUGGUAAAUUUUAUUUGGGAAUUGAUUUGAUUUUGCUCUUAAAAAAUGGUGUGAGGUCAAUAGCUAACUGGCCUCAACAUGGCACUUGUAUCAGAUGAGCUCUUAGGACGCCGAGAUUGGUGGAAAGGAGUAGAGCAGGAGGCGGUGAGUAAAACACAUCCCACCUUGUCACGCCACCCCCAAACCCCCAACACACACACACACACACACACACUCUACUCUACCACCACUCACGGUCAUCUUUUUUUAAUUAAGCGGCCAAAUCAAUAAUGUCCUUCAGUUGGUGCUCAAAUGGAUGGCGUCCCCUUUGAGGAAUGGAUAGCCUGUGGAUAGAGAUCAAUGCUAUCGUGACUGGACACCUCCUCCCUCCCCACCUGUUCACCCUUGCUGUGGGACCGUACCACUACUUCUCCAGCUCCAAACAUCAUCCGCAAAACAGGAAAACAAGGGCAUUUUCAUCUCACCCCCAAAUCCAAAAACAUUUUUCUUUCUGUCUCCCUUGCUGGAAUGUGUUUUUUUCCUUUCUCUUCUUUUUCAUGGAAGGAGCUUGGAGGAUUUGCAUGAGGUCCUGGCAUGUAAAUGCUUCAUUCUUACCCCCUGAUCACUGUCAGUGUCUAUUAGUUGGAGAUGCCUUCACACUGGCUGAAGCACAUCCAUAAAGCAGGAAUAAGGAAUAUUCAAUGUGAUGUUUUAAGUUCAGGAAAUGCCUUAAUUUAUUUACUAUACAUGGAUUUAAUCCAUGGACUCACAAAACAUGUUGGUGGAGUACAACACUCAUUGAGUUUGGUGAUUUCUAGUUAACAAAUUCGGCAUCCGUAAUGAAGCUGACUCGGACGCUUUAAAUGACAAGUGUGGAGAGUGGACUACUACCUGCUCCUUUAUAUUGACUGCAUCUCAUGGAAGCACCAAUAAAGUUGAUAAAGGUAUCUCAUCUCAUUCAGCACAGUUCUGUCUCUAUUGUAUUAGUUGAGUGUGUUGUAUUUGUUGAUUGUGUUAUGUAUGCACUGCAGUGAUCGGAGUUGCUCACCUCACACACUACAGGCCGUAAAAAUAUCACGUGUCUGGUGUUCACACAGAACAAAUAGUUGAUCAGGUUGACCUGGCUCAUGGGGUAGGCAUGACUCAAACAUCUUUAAUGUGAUGGAUCAGGUAUCACUUGGAUGAUUGGUUAAAGGUUAUUUGUGUGUCAUUUGGAAACCUUUAUUAAAAGUGUUUACCUUGAUUUAA